CCCGCUUCAUUCAACAGAUCACUGAAGUCCCAGAGCUCUCAAACUGUUCAGAGACACAGAUGUGAGGCGUUUGGAAGAGUGAAACAACUGAUUUUAUCGCGUAUCUACGCUCCUGUUGUACCUCUAUUACGGACAGAAGUAUGAAAACAUGGUAGCUAAAACGAGAAAACCAAAUGCCAAGGACCAGAGCAGCGAGAAGGACAGGAGUCAGUCCGUCUCGGGGAAAAGCAGGCGUGUGAAAGAUGGGAAAGGCUCUGCUUACCAGAGUAAAAACGGACUUUUUGCUGGGUUCAUUAGAAACAAAUUGGGGUUGAGCCCAUCUGCUUUUGCAAGAGGCAUAACUGUGCUGGUUCUCGCUGUUAUUGCGGCAUUUUUACACUGGUAUCAUCUCUCACAUCUAUUUGAAAAUGACAGACACUUUUCACACAUGUCGUCCUUGGAAAAGGAGAUGGCUUUUCGAACGGAGAUGGGACUGUAUUACUCAUAUUUCAAGACCAUCAUUGAGGCUACUUCCUUCAUGGAUGGUCUUUACAUGAUCAUGAAUGACCGGCUCACUGAAUACCCUCUGGUGAUAAACACUCUAAAGAGGUUCAACUUGUACCCUGAGGUGGUCUUGGCCAGCUGGUACAGAGCAUUCACCAGCACAAUGGAUUUCUUUGGGUUCCCUACCAAGAUGUGUUGGACCAUCAACAGAGGAGAGGGUAUGGAUCCAGUGGAGAGUUGUGAAGGUCUGGGAGACCCUGCAUACUUCUAUGUCACCUUUGUGUUCCUGUUAAAUGGGGCGAUGAUGAGUCUGUUCUUUAUUUAUGGAACAUAUCUAAGUGGCAGUCGACUGGGUGGCACUGUUACGGUUCUGUGUUUCUUCUUUAACCAUGGAGAGAGCACUCGGGUCAUGUGGACGCCACCUCUGAGAGAGAGCUUCUCUUACCCCUUCCUGGUUCUGCAGAUGCUUCUGCUCACAUGCAUCCUCCGGACAAGGAACCCAAGCAAGCAUACAAUGAUGGCUCUGGGAAUCUCCAAUGUUUUCUUCAUGCUGCCGUGGCAGUUUGCUCAAUUUGUCUUACUUACCCAGGUUGCAUCCCUUUUUGCCUCAUAUAUCCUGGGAUAUCUGAGUCCGACGAAAAUGCAGUCCAUCUUAGUGACACACAUGAUCUCCUUGGCCGUCUGUUUUCUGCUAAUGUUCGGGAACUCGAUGCUGCUGACGUCCUUCUACGCCUCUUCACUGGUUUCUAUCUGGGGGGUUAUUGCACUGAGGGACCGUUUGAUUGGUACGUUCAAACCGGGAAUCUUCACAUGGGUCAUGCAGUGUCUUGCAUGGGUGGUCUCCACUGUCAUCCUGAAAUUCAUGCUUUCUGUGAUCUUUGGGGCAUCAGAUGAUGCCCACAUCAGCAGCCUUAUCAAAUCCAAGUUCACAAGCUACAAAGACUUUGACACGAUGAUGUACACGUGUGCAGCUGAGUUUGACUUCAUUGAAGCAGAGACUCUCAUCCGGUACAUCAAAACCAUGCUGCUUCCAGUUAACAUGCUGAUAGUGGGUUUUAUUGCUGGAAGGACUGUGCUGGAUGUUAUUAAUUUCCUCAAAAAUGAGAAGGCAGAAAAGUCAGAGGAUGAUGAAACAGAGCAGGCCCAGGUGUUGGCGAAAGGAGUGCUGGUGUACCACAGUCUGCAGCUGGUGGCGUUUGCAGUGCUGGCUGUGCUCAUCAUGAGACUGAAGCUCUUCCUCACUCCUCAUAUGUGCAUCAUGUCCUGUUUAAUCUGCUCCAGACAGCUGUUUGGCUGGGUAGGAGAGAAGUUUAAACUUCAGAUGACAGUCGUGGGAAUAUUGUCCAUCAUGGCAGUUCAAGGAUUCGCCAACCUGCAGAAUCAAUGGGGCAUCAUAGGAGAAUUCAGUAACUUCCCUCAAGAAGAGCUCCUGGAGUGGAUCAAGGACAACACAAGCCCUAAUGCUGUGUUUGCUGGUGCUAUGCCCACCAUGGCAAGUGUGAAACUGUCCACAGGCAGAGCCAUAGUAAAUCACCCACACUAUGAAGAUGCGGGAUUAAGAGAAAGAACAAAGAUGGUGUACUCCAUGUACAGCCGAAAGCCAGCUGAGGAAGUAAAGCGAAACUUAUUAAAGCUGCAGGUGGACUAUUUCAUCUUGGAGGACUCAUGGUGCACCAGACGCUCCAAACCCGGCUGCAGCAUGCCUGAGAUCUGGGAUGUGGAGGACAGCCAAAAUGCAGGAAAAGUGCCACUUUGCACUCUCAUGUCGAGGGAUUCUCGUCCUCACUUCUCCACCGUCUUUCACAACAACAUUUACAAAGUCCUUCGAGUUCCCAAAACAGUGAGAGAUAUGAGAUAACAGCAGAUUUCCCUCAACGUUACUGUUUUGUGUCUUUGAUACGUGUGUAUAUACACAGCAAUGAUUAUUUUUGUAAAAGUCAGAUCUGUUUUUAUUGAGACCUGCUUCUGCCACUUUGGUGUCCGUUUUGUUUUGAUCAACUGUAUGAAAUGUUUAAACCGUGGAGAAUCAGGUGAUUCACCGCCGAGAGUCCAUCAGUAUUGAAUCUGCCUUUAACCUUCUGCUCUCAUGCUUGUUGAAAUGUA